AUGGCCGCUGCUUCACUUCUUCAGAGCUGUUCCGGAUAUGAAAUAGUGCCCAUAGACGACCCGUUUGAGUUUGAGUUUUCAAAUCAAUUCCAUUAUUCUGAUUUUUGUGGGAGUUUUUAUAUGAAUUGGCAAACGGAUUUGUCUAUUCAAGAAAGUUAUCUCGACGUAUGUCCAUUAAUGGAGAGCUACAAUAUUAUCCCUGGAUUCCCUGAUGAUCCUUUGUAUGCAUCAUUGGAUAUUGAAGUAUUUAAUUCAUUACUGUGGUUAAUUUCAGAUGAUACGAGUGAAGUUUGUGGUUGGAACGAGUUAGGAUCUUUAUUUCAGCCGCAGAAUCGUCAAAUGCUUCUUUUAUGCGACAGUACUACAACCGAUAGUGCUCGAGAGUUGAAGAACAGAAAAUGUAAAGAAAAGGAAAAUAAAAGUAUUACCAAAGAUUUAACGCGACAAGUAAUCUCAAAAUAUUUUUACACGCCGAUUACUCAAGCCGCCAAAGAACUCAACGUCGGGUUAACCCUUUUGAAGAAACGAUGCAGAGAAUUAGGUAUCAGACGAUGGCCUCAUCGGAAGCUGAUGAGCGUCCAAACGCUCAUAAAAAACGUUCAGGAAAUGAAGAAGGUGCAAGGGGACGAUAAUGAGGAGAGAGUGAGAGAAGCAAUUGAAAUAUUGGAGAGGGAGAAGAAAUUAUUGGAGGAAAUGCCAGACAUGGAACUGGAACAUACGACGAAGAGGUUACGACAGGCUUGUUUUAAGGCAAAUUAUAAGAAGAGGAAGCUUAUGAGUGUAAUGGAUAGUGCUUCUUCUUCUUCUUCUUCUAGUGGCAGCAAUGGAUGUUUUGAUGAGGAUGAUGAAGAGAUUAAAUUCCUUUUGAAUGAGCCUUUUUCUCAUGCUAAUAAGUUGAUGUUUUGA